CGCCUGUCUCCUUCCACUGAACUUGAUCUGCAUUUAUCAUGUCUCAAAGUGAAUCUGUUGUGCUUGAGACAAGUCUCGGCGAUGUCCAGCUUGAGCUCUACUGGGACCAUGCUCCACGGACGUGCAAGAACUUUGCAGAGUUAGCGAAACGAGGAUACUACAAUGGGGUUGUGUUUCAUCGCAUCAUCGCCGACUUCAUGGUGCAAGGUGGAGACCCAACGGGCACAGGACGAGGUGGGACGAGCAUUUACGGGCCGAAGUUUGAGGACGAGAUCCACCCCGAGCUACGCUUCACGGGUGCCGGCAUCCUGGCCAUGGCCAACUCCGGACCUAACACCAAUGGCUCCCAAUUCUUCAUGACGCUCGCACCCACGCCUUACCUUGAUGGCAAGCACACGAUCUUCGGGCGCGUUAGCUCAGGCAUGCGCGUGCUGCAGCGUUUGGGCGCGGUCGCUGUUGACCCGCAAGACAAACCACGAGAGGAUGUCAAGAUCCAUAAGGCGCGGGUAAUAUAAACAUCUACGUGUACUCCGGGCGCCGUCUUGCCAUGCCAUCGGACUAAACCCAGCGUGAUAUGUUUGUAUCCACAAGCUGGCGCUCGUAUUCUCUCUGGCAUCAUCAAAUUAAAGCUCUCGUUGAUAGUAGCCUAUCAUGUGGUUGAUAAAAUUGCGUCAACCCUCGAGAAUGACUCAUCUCCAGCGACUCCCAAUGUAUGCGUGAGUUGCAUGAGUGCGUUAUUUCCC